UUGUCAUUUGAAGUUUGUAAAUUCCACUACGAAAAAUGCAUCAACCCUUACACAAAUGUCCAUGACUUAUAAUCCACAUUAUAAUCCACAUUAUAAUUCACAAUUCCUGUUGCUGCAGGAUUCCUUUCUGAUUUGUGUGUGUGUCCACGUGUCCCCAGUGUUCACACGCGUGUGUGUGUGUGCGCGCGUACAGCAUGUGUGUGUAUUAAGUGUUCUGUAUGUUCUCUCAGACCUGACGAACCUGAGAAAGAUCCCUUGAGGAGGAUCAGCAGACAUGGUGUGAUGUGAAACGGCCUCUCCUUAAAGGUUACCAUAUGGUUAUGACUGAAUCAUGCAUCUGAGGUGUGAUCUUUACAACGGGCAGACAGAGCUACACGAAGUACUUUUCUUCCACUGUUGCAGUAGAUCUUGAAUCUCCAUUGGUACAAUCUGCAAUAGCUCAGCUUUACAGCAUAAAAAGUGGCGGGCUGGGGGGGGGGGGGGGGGGGGGGCAAUCUGCAGUUACUACAUCCAUUUUUGGACUUAUAAAUUAAUUAUAUGUAUCUAUUGAUUCUUGAAGGAUAUAACUUAUAGAUGUGUUAUAAGCCUACUUCAACCUUUUUACCCCAUAACUGAAAAUAUUAAACUUGUUUCACUCAAAUGAUUGUAAACAAAGUUAAUGUAAACAAACACUGUUGACAUCAUGGAUGGUCAGUCCCUGCAUCCAUAGCUCUGGCUACAUUUCUCCAGCCCCUUCCCUCAACUUUUUACAUAAAAAGUGGUGGGGAUGACGCUUUGUUCGUUUUUCAGUCGGAUCGACUUGGUCCAACACAGCUAUGGCGAGUUUGCACGCCUAACAAGGCCAAUGAACACCAUGCCUCACUGGAAGCCCCCGAAUUCAUUCUUUAAAUUCUUCGCCUCCGGCUGAGCAGAACAAUGCAUUUCUUAAAACAGCAAGCAUUGGUAUGCAAAAUCAGACUCCAACUGUCUCACUUAAGGAGGCAUUCUCAUCCUUCUGGGUGUGUGUGUUAAAGUUUGGUAACUAUACUGAGCAAAAAUAUAAAUGCAACAUGUAAAGUGUUGGUCCCAUGUUUCAUGAGCUGAAUUAAAGGUUUCCAGAAAUUGUCCAUAGGCACAAAAGGCUUAUAUAUCUUACAUUUUGUGCACAAUUUUGUUUACAUCCCUGUUAGUGAGCAUUUCUCCUUUGCCAAGAUAAUCCAUCCACCUGACAGGUCUGGCAUAUCAAGAAGCUGAUUAAACAGUAUGAUCAUUACACAGGUGCACCUUGUGAUGGGGACACUAAAAGGCCACUCUAAAAUGUGCAGUUUUGUCACACAACACAAUGCCACAGAUGUCUCAAGUUUUGAGGGAACGUGCAAUUGGCAAUGCUGACGGCAGGAAUAUCCACCAGAGGUGAUGCCAGAGAAUGUAAUGUUAAUUUCUCUACCAUGUCGUUUUAGAGAAUUUGGCAGUACGUCCAUCCGGCCUCACAACAGCAGACCACAUGUAACCAUUCCAGCCCAGGACUUCCACAUCCGGGCUUCUUCACCUACGGGAUCGUCUGAAACCAGCCACCUGGAGAGCUGAUGAAAAUGUGGGUUUAAACAACAGAAACAUUUCACAAACUGUCAGAAACCGUCUCAGGGAAGCUCAUCUGGAUGCUCGUCGUCCUCACCAGGGUCUUGACCUGACUGCAGUUUGGCGUCGUAACAGACUUCAGUGGGCGUAUGCUUACCUUCGAUGGCCACUGGCACGCUGGAGAAGUGUGCUGAUCACGGAUGAAUCCCGGUUUCAACUGUACCGGGCAGAUGACAGACAAUGUGUAUGGCGUCGUGUGGGUGAGCGAUUUGCUGAUAUCAACGUUGUGAACAGAGUCCCCCAAGGUGGCAGUGGGGUUAUGGUAUGGGCAGGCAUAAGCUACGGACAAUGAACACAAUUGCAUUUUAUCCAUGGCAAUUUGAAUGCACAGAGAUACUGUGACGAGAUCCUGAGGCCCAUUGUCGUGCCAUUUAUCCACCGCCAUCACCUCAUGUUUCAGCAAGAUAAUGCGUGGCCUCAUGUCGCAAGGAUCUGUACCCAAUUCAUGGAAGCUGAAAAUGUCCUAGUUCUUCCAUGACCUGCAUACUCACCAGACAUGUCACCCAUUGAGCAUGUUUGGGAUGCUCUGGAGUGAUGUGUACGAUAGCGUGUUCCAGUUCCCAGCAAUAUCAAGGAACUUCACAGAAUCAUUGAAGAGGAGUGGGACAGCAUUCCACGGCCACGAUCAACAGCCUGAUCAACUCUAUGCGAAGGAGAUCUGCAUGAGGUAAAUGGUGGUCACCCUAGACACUGACCGGUUUUCUGAUACACGCCUUUACCUUUUUUUCUAAGGUAUCUGUGACCAACAGAUGCAUAUCUGUACAGUGCAUUCGGAAAGUAUUCAGACCUUUUUUGACCUUUUCCACAUUUUGUUACGUUACAGCCUUAUUCUAAAAUUGAUUAAAUAAAUGUUUUCCUCAUCAAUCUACACACAAUACCCAAUAAUGGCAAAGCAAAAACAUUUUUUAAGAAUUUCUUUCACAUUUAUUAAAAAUAAAAAAAACAGAUGUACCUUAUUUACAUAAGUAUUCAGACCCUUUACUAUGAGACUCGAAAUUGAGCUCAGGUGCAUCCUGUUUCCAUUGAUCAUCCUUGAGAUGUUUCUACAACUUGAUUGGAGUCCACCUGUGAUAAAUUCAAUUGAUUGGACAUGAUUUGGAAAGGCACACACCUGUCUAUAUAAGGUUCCACAGUUGACAGUGCAUGUCAGAGCAAAAACCAAGCCAUGAGGUCGAAGGAAUUGUCCGUAUAACUCAGAGACAGGAUUGUGUCGAGGCACAGAUCUGGGGAAGGGUACCAAAACAUUUCUGCAGCAUUGAAGGUCCCCAAGAACACAGUGGCCUCCAUCAUUCUUAAUGGAAGGAGUUUGGAACCAUCAAGACUCUUCCUAGAGCUGGCCGCCCGGCCAAACUGAGCAAUCGGGGGAGAAGGGCCUUGGUCAGGGAGGUGACCAAGAACCCAAGGGUCACUCUGACAGAGCUCCAGAGUUCCACUGUGGAGAUGGAAGAACCUUCCAGAAUGACAACCAUCUCUGCAGCACUCCACCAAUCAGGCCUUCAUGAUAGAGUGGCCAAACGGAAGCCACUUCUCGGUAUAAGAGUCAUGACAGCCCGCUUGGAGUUUGCCAAAAGGCACCUAAAGGACUCUCAGACCAUGAGAAACAAGAUUCUCUGGUCUGAUGAAACCAAGAUUGAACUCUUUGGCCUGAAUGCCAAGUGUCACGUCUGGAGGAAACUUGGCACCAGCCCUACGGUGAAGCAUGGUGGUGGCAGCAUCAUGCUGUGGGGAUGUUUUUCAGCGGCAGAUACUGGGAGACUAGUCAGGAUCGAGGGAAAGAUGAACGGAGCAAAGUACAGAGAGAUCCUUGAAGAAAACCUGCUCCAGAGCACUCAGGACCUCAGACUGGGGCAAAGGUUCACCUUCCAACAGGACAACGAUCCUAAGCACACAGCCAAGACAAAGCAGGAGUGGCUUCGGGACAAACCUCUGAAUGUCCUUGAGUGGCCUGCCAGGACUUAAACCUAAUCGAACAUCUCUGGAGAGACCUGAAAAUAGCUGUGCAGCGACGCUCCCCAUCCAACCUGACAGAGCUUGAGAGGAUCUGCAGAGAAGAAUGGGAGAAACUCCCCAAAUACAGGUGUGCCAAGCUUGUAGCGUCAUACCCAAGAAGACUUGAGGCUGUAAUCGCUGCCAAAGGUCCAUCAACAAAGAACUGAUUAAGGGUCUGAAUAAUUGUGUAAAUGUAAUAUUUCAGUUUUGUCAUUAUGGGGUAUUGUGUGUAGAUUGAUAAGUAAAAAAAAAACGAUGUAAUACAUUUUAGAAUAAGGCUGUAACUUAACAAAAUGUGUAAAAAGUCAAGGGGUCUGAAUACUUUCCGAAUGCGCUGUAUUCCCAGUCAUGUGAAAUCCAUAGAUUAGGGCCAAAUGAAUUUAUUUCAAUUGACUGAUUUCCUUAUAUGAACUGUAACUCAGUAGAAUCUUUGAAAUUAUAUUUUUGUUCAGUUUAGUUUUGUGAUGUUCCCUCCCAAUUUGUUACUUAUUCUUCAGCCUCGCUAACCGGUUGUAAGUAAGCUGACUAGCACAAACAAUUUGACAAAGGCUUUUAAGCUGGGUUCGAGUUCACGACCUUGCCCACAGUCAUGUGGUUUCACCAUGUCUUUGAAUGAUACUCACAAGUGUUGUCUUGUAUGUCUUGACUGGGUGCGUGUUCAGGUUGAAAAUGCCCUGGUUGAACCAGCUCGUGCGACCACUGUCGCAGGCGUGUAGCCUUCCUUAGAAUGCUUGGUGGGACUGAAGUUGAGUUUCCUCCCCUGGGUGCCUGGACCACAGUGGAGUCUGAGUUGCAGGAUACAGGGGUGGAUCUGGGCUCGUAGUCGGAUCACAUGGAGCUAUCCUCCCAGCAUGGCGAUAUACAUCUGGCUGAUAUCUUUGGUAUUACACAGGACUCACGUUCGGAUGCCAACCUGCUGUCUCUGGCCAGUUACGGGGAGUUUUCUGAGACAGAGAUGGAGGGUUAGGGCUUCGGAUGUAGCAGGGGAAUCCCUGGCUUCUAGCAUGCCGCUCAUUGAUCUAUGUCGCUGACCGGGUGUGCGCUUGUCAAAGGGAUGGCUAACACCGUAGCUCCUGAAUAAGUACUGUUGUUUUUUCAGGGCGCUGCUUGACAAGAUGUACCGGCCCUAGGAGAUGGUGGCCCGGUCCCUGAACACGAUUACAAAGCUGCAGGUUUAUCAGACUGAACUGUGGGCUGACCAACACGGUUCUGGCUUCUGGGGAACCCCACGCAGAGCUCCUAGAUGAGAUUCGUGCUACGGACAAUUUCGUCUUGGGUAUGUCCCGUUGCUUGGGAGAAGCAUGGGAGCUACCUACGUGGCGCAGUGGCAUCUUUAGUUGAAUUGUCGCCAGUGCCGGAGAGAGACAGGCAGUUAUACUUAGACAAGCCAAUUUCUCCUACGGGGUUGUUCGGCUCGGCCCUCGAGUCUAUGCAGUCUCAUUUUGAGGAGAAAAAGAAGCACUAGGUGGCAGCAUCGUCUUCUAGAGGGUCCGCAGACAGAGGCCCGGCGGCUAAGUGGUCUUCUCCGGCUUCCUGGUCCACCCCCAAGUCUACUGCUGCUUGUUCCACAAGAGCAGCGCCAGUCUGCUUGGUAAAGGCGCCGUUUUAAGGGUGAAGUGAAAGCUGGUCCCUCCGAGGAACCUGGGGAGGCAGCAGCCCCUGUGCACCUAGUGCGAUGACAGGGGAGGUGGCACGGUCCCCUCCCCAGAUGUUCGCCGUGACAACAGUACCACCAAAUGGCACGGCCAAUCGGGGUAUAUCACUGGUAGCCGAAGCCCUCUGAACCCAGAGUGGAUCGGGCUUCAGGCAAACAUCCGCAAACAUCAGCAAACAUCAGCAAAUAUCAGCAAACAUCAGGCAAACAUCAGCAAACAUCAGCACUUAAACACAUUGUUUCUACCCCACAGUGCUCACGGUGUUCUACCCCACAGUGUUCAUGGUGUUCUACCCCACAGUGUUCAAAGUGUUCUACCCCACAGUGUUCAUGGUGUUCUACCCCACAGUGCUCACGGUGUUCUAUCCCACAGUGUUCACGGUGUUCUACCCCACAGUGUUCAUGGUAUUCUACCCCACAGUGUUCUAUCCCACAGUGUUCUACCCCACAGUGUUCAAAGUGUUCUGCCCCACAGUGUUCUACCCCACACUGUUCAAAGUGUUCUACCCCACAGUGUUCUACCCCACAGUGUUCAGUGUGUUCUACCCCACAGUGUUAAAAGUGUUCUACCCCACAGUGUUCAUGGUGUUCUAUCCAACAGUGUUCACGGUGUUCUACCCCACAGUGUUCAUGGUGUUCUACCCCAUAGUGUUCUAUCCCCACAGUGUUCUACCCCCACACUGUUCAAAGUGUUCUACCCCACAGUGUUCUACCCCACAGUGUUCUACCCCACAGUGUUCACGGUGUUCUACCCCACAGUGUUCACGGUGUUCUACCCCACAGUGUUCACGGUGUUCUACCCCACAGUGUUCAAAGUGUUCUACCCCACAGUGUUCACGGUGUUCUACCCCACAGUGUUCAAAGCAUUCUACCCCACAGUGUUAAAAGUGUUCUACCCCAAAGUGUUCUACCCCACAGUGUUAAAAGUGUUCUACCCCACAGUGUUCUACCCCACAGUGUUCUCGGUGUUCUACCCCACGGUGUUCACAGUGUUAUACUCCACAGUGUUCAAAGUGUUCUACCCCACAGUGUUCUACCCCACAGUGUUAAAAGUGUUCUACCCCAUAGUGUUCUACCCCACAGUGUUAAAAGUGUUCUACCCCAUAGUGUUCUAUCCCACAGUGUUCAUGGUGUUAUACCCCACAGUGUUCAAAGCGUUCUACUCCACAGUGUUCUACCCCACAGUGUUCUACCCCACAGUGUUCUACCCCAUAGUGUUCACGGGUGUCCAGAGUGUUGUGUCUUCCACAUGUGAGCUGAAAAAAAGAGUCUGUUCCCCACAGUCAGACACUCAAUGAAAAGAGGGGCGAUCCCCUUCAGAAGGCACUAUGGGAGACUCGCUGUCUGUGUCGACCAAUGGCGUGCAUGCACAGUAUCACCCUGAAUUAUGUGAUGUUGGGGUACAGUUCCUUGUGCGUCCUCCACAUUUUUACAGCGUCAUUACGUUGACUGUUCCCGAGGCCUCAGUGCCCGUUUUGAGUGAGGAGAUUUCUGAGUGGUUGCUAUGUCAGAGGCCCAGGAUGGCUGGUACAGCCGGUAUUUCCUGGUUCUCAAAAGGGACAGGACUUUGCGUCCCAUUUUUGACCAGCGUGCCCUAAACAAGCACCUCAGGAUUUAAAAAAAAAAUCAGGAUGCUCAAAAACAGCCGGUUGUUACAGUCUGUGCGCCCGGGAGAUUGGUCCAUGUAUCCCACUUCACAGAAAGUUCCCGAGGUUCCACUUCGAGGCUGUACCCUACGAGUUUCUGGUCCUCCUUUUCGGGCUUUCCCUCUUGCCUCGCACUAUCACUAAACUUGUGGAGAUGGGUUUGGCACCUGGUGCGGUGUCUGGGGCUCAGGAUAUUGGACUACCUGGACAAUUGGCUGGUGGUAGCGUGACUCGAGGAAGCAGGUGUUGUUACAUCCAUGCUGGUUUCCCAUGUUCAGUUUCUGGGUUUCACAGUCAAUCAAGAGGAGAGCUGUUUGACUCCAUCGCAGCGCAUUCUGUUUCUUUGUUUCGAGUUAGUCGAGAAUCGUGUGUUCUUGUCCCUGCACAUGGCCUAAUUUUGUCUGGGUCACAAUGUGCCUUGCGCCUUUUUUGGGGGAUGAUGGCUUCUAUGAUAGACAUGGUUUCCCCGGGCUGUUGCUGAUGAAACCGUUCCAGCAGGAUAAUGGACACUCGCUUGGACGCAUUGCGCCACUGAAACCAGUCGCUCUGGGUGUCCCCAUCAUAAUAAUAAUAAUAAUAAGCCAUUUAGCAGACGCUUUUAUCCAAAGCGACUUACAGUCAUGCCUACGGGCUCUGGCUCGGUGGACAGACGUUGGCCUGAGCACUAUGAACAUUGUCCACAGAUUGAGCUGCCCCCUCGCACAGCGCACCCAACCCUUGGAGGGGUAUAUAAACGUUGUUGUUGCUGGGGACCCCCUAUUGGUCAGGUUAUGUACUCCCCAAGGGUUGGGUGCGCUGUGCGAGGGCAGCUCAAUCUGUGGACAAUGUUCAUAGUGCUCAGGCCAACGUGCUGAUGAGGACUAACAGUGGGACAUCAACAGAGAGGGAGAGGGGUGUGGUCCCCGCCCCCUCCUAUCUUUGGCUCGCUCCCCUGCCGCUGCGGAGUAGUGCACACUAG